AUGAACUUCUUAGCUAGAAGUCUGGUGAAUGCAGCGAGAUCCUGCUUUACAAGUUCCACUCAAGCCAUCAAACCACAGCUGACUAGGCUAUGUGUGAAUCCUACAACUGCAGGAACUGUACUGAAUACCACUAACUCAUAUAUUGGAAACUUGAUACAAGGCUUCGCACAGAUCAGGCUGAGAACGACACUAAACAGGUUGCACAAACACGGACCGUAUAAGAAGAAGAAGAAGGAAAAGAGUCCUCUGGAUGGAAAACCAUUCGCCAAAGGUGUGGUUUUAAAGACGGUGAUCAGAAAGCCGAAGAAGCCGAAUUCCGCCAAUCGAAAAUGCGUGAUCGUUCGCCUAUCAACCGGCAAGGAAAUGACCGCCUACGUACCGGGUGAGGGACACAAUCUUCAAGAGCAUCAGAUCGUACUGUGCAGAGUGGGGAAGCUUCAAGAUACUCCGGGUGUAAAGAUCAAAUGCGUGCGUGGAAAAUACGAUUUACCUCAUGUGGUCAAAAAACUAACUUAA